AUGGUUGUUUAUUAUGAAUUAGCUCCAGUACAGACUCAAUAUAAUACAUUCGUUAAUGGAAUUUCUGCACUAGAUAAAUUGUGCAUCAAACUACAGCAGGAUUCGGCUUGUCACACGCUCGUAGGUACGUUUGAGCAUACAAGAGAUGAUAUCCUACAGGAGAAGAUUUUAUUAAACAACAGACGAGAUAAACGAGGAGCCAUAAACCUCGUUGGAAAUGUGGCAAAGGCUUUAUUUGGGGUUCUGGACUCAAAUUACGCAGAGGAUAUGUCACAAACAAUAAAUCAGCUAAAGGAAGAUGAUAACCACCUAGCUAGAUUGCUGCAGAAUCAAACCUCCAUAAUAGAUUCAACAUUAAAUAUACUUAAACGUGAUGAAGAAACUGUUAAUAGUCAACUUGGUCAACUUCAAGAUCAAAUUAGCCAAGUACUAAAUCGAAUCGACAAUGAAACCGAACAAAUUAAAAUUACGCAGAUAUUCAUAUCAAUUGCAAUACAAUUGACACUGAUGGGUGCUAAUUUGCAAAGAAUACAAGCGGAAAUUAUAAAUGUUUUAAUUGACUCUCAUCACGGAAAAAUAAGUCCUCUAUUGUUAUCACCUCAACAACUCAAAAAUGAGAUUAAACAUAUAAGAAGUCAUAUUCCACCAUCUCGACGAUUUCCGGUUAAUCAAGAUGAUUUAGUUCAACUCUACAAAAUAAUGGAAAUAUCUGGUGCAGUAACUAAGGAACAAAUCAUAUUUGUUAUUAAGGUACCACUUAUAGAUUCUUAUGACAUGGAACUAUUCAGAAUAUUACCUAUACCAACAGUUAUACACAACACCAUUUUAACAAUCAAAAGUGAUGUCUCGUUUAUAGCAGUAAACACAUUUCGAGAUCAAUACAUUCCCCUGCGAGAAAAUGAGCUAGAUAAUUGUCAAAUUCCGAACAAGGCGGUGUAUGUUUGUUCUAGAAAGCAUAUAAAACUAGGCAGAUACGCAGAAACUCAUACGUGUGAGAAAGAAUUAUUUAAUAAUCGAACCACAACAAGCUGCAGAUUAACACAGUUAUCCAAUAAGAUGGUUUGGACGAAAAUGGAACAAACAAAUCAAUGA